AUGUCGCGGCACCCGGCAGCAAAGCGCACUACGGCAAGCCGGCUCUUGGGGUCCACCCGCACUGUGUCCGUCUUCAGCCACAACGGCCUGGUCAGACUGUGCCAUUUCUCGACUCAGCGUGCUGCCUUCAACCGUAAGAAACCUGUCUUUGCCUGCCAAAAGCCAAACUUUGCGCCCUCACAAUAG